AUGACUGGGACCUGGGAGGCAUUGACGGACCCACCUGCAUUGCUACCGAUCCUGCACCUUGCGACGCGCGGACGAAUCUUGCCACUACGGCUGUGGACCCUUGCAAUACAUCUGGGAUGGUCAGAUUUGGAUAUUGGUGGAUACGGGUUGCCAGGGGUGUACUAUGGCGAGGUGGAUGUACACCGAGAACAGUUUUCGCAGCCGACGCCGUACAUGGCUGACUGGGACUGGAUUGUGCUUGGGGGGCUUGUGAGAUGUCGGGGCAAUUCAGGAGGUGAUAGCAGACUAAGGAGGGUAUCGGAUGUGGAUGAAGCACAAUCACCUGCAGAAAUACGCUCGCUGACACAUGUACUAUGGUACAUCUCCUCUACAUCGGACGUCGAAGACGCCCAGUUCGAAAUGCACAAGGUCCAAGAGGGCGUUGAUGUGGAAUAG